UGACCUCGUAAAGCAUAAUAUCAUCUGAGUAGAAAGUCCUACCUCACGAAGCUACAAAAUACCUCAAACCUUACGAACGGUCAGAACAGCAGAACGAACUACGAGUUCUACGAAUUUCGUCUGAUUAUUGAGGAUAAGAUUGGGACAAAGGAAAGAGGAAUCUAGGAAGACAAGGAUAGGGGACAGCUAAGCAUAGUUGUCUAGAGAUCGAAUUUAGAAGAAAAGUUUAGAGGACAGGAAAUACCAUUAAAGACUUAGGAAAAAUGGGCGCAAGUGUCUCGUGGCUGUCAGGGAUGUUAUUCUCAAAGAAAGAAAUUCGAAUAUUGAUUUUGGGACUGGUGAGUAGCUGGCUGAAUAGCUCACUGGAUAUUCAAGGAAUAGUAAGGAAGAAGAGAAGCUGAUACAUCUGCGAAUUGGGUAGGAUAACGCUGGAAAAACCACAUUGCUAUACAGAUUGAAGGUUAGUGUGGCUAUUCAAUAUAAUUUCACGGAAGGGACUUGAUGCUAACGGGAAUCUCCAGAUUGGGGAAGUGGUGACUACAAUACCGACCAUUGGAUUCAACGUGGAAUCAGUGACAUACAAAAAUUUAAAUUUCAAUGUUUGGGUAAGCUCAGGUUUUCCUACAAGUUCUUAUUACAUCUGCCAUCUAGCGAUUCCUGGCUGAUAUGCUUGGUAUAGGAUCUUGGAGGUCAGACAUCGAUUAGACCUUAUUGGCGCUGUUACUACGCCAAUACCGCCGCCGUUAUAUUCGUUAUCGAUUCUACAGAUAUCGAUCGAUUAGGUACUGCGUCUGAAGAAUUGGCGGCAAUGUUAAACGAAGACGAGUUAAAAGACGCCGCAUUACUAGUAUUCGCGAAUAAACAAGAUCAGCCGGGGGCGAAAGGUGCCGGUGAAAUAUCGGAGGCGUUAAAAUUAGGAGAGUUAAGGGAUAGAAAUUGGAGUAUAGUGGCAUGUAGUGCCGUAGAUGGUAGUGGUGUGGAUGAGGGGAUGGACUGGCUUGUUGUAAGUGUUUCAUACUCGGAUGUGGCUGAUUUAGUUGAGGCAUGAGGAUACUAAUGUGAGGAUAGCAAACUGUGCAGCAAGAGUCGUAAUAGAGGAAGAAAAAACAGAAGCGACCUUGUACCAUUAUCACGAUAUACCUAUACAUCAGUUGAAUAAUUGAGGGAAAGGAUGAAACUGGAGUCCGGGAUACAAAUCUUAGGCUCCAUGGUCGCUAUACUCAUGAAUAUGAAGGAGACCGAUAUGCCCGAGAGUAUAAUAGAUGUGCGGGCAUGUUCGAGCAUCUACGUCUGGAUUGGGAGCACUGCAUUCGGAUCUUUAUUGUAAAUGGGCAUUUAGAUUGAGGGAAUAGGGAUGAAUGCAUAUUGCCAUUGAGACAUUGAUCUGGCCGUCUUGGGUAAGAGACCUCCCGGAAACUGGGUUCUGGAAUUUCUCUUCGACAGGUUGGCUACGUGGGACUAUUAUUUGCUUUGUGAUACAAUUAAGUCUGGAUCUAAGGAUUUGUAACUGCUUAGAAAACUAUAGCGAGACUAGAUGUAUCUUCAGUCUCAAAAAACCGAUCCAUGUAUACUAUC